AUGGUUGGGACCGCCAGGCCGGAAGGGGAAAAUCUUCGCCGCGUUUUGGGAGAUCGACUGUCGGCUAUGAGCCGCUUCAACUCGUGGCCUGAAAUCCGCGAAGACCGAAUCCUCGAGGCUUUGUCAUGCAAAUGGGCAAAUCAAAGAGCACCGCCCGAAUUGGCCCAGUUACCGCUACUUUAUGUAUUCCAUCCUAAUAAACCACCGACAAUCGAAGGCUGCAAGCCCUGGCCGCUUCCCCAAGCAGCGGGGCCUGAGGAAGGCAGGAUAUCUGGAUGGACGACUUUGGACCCUAGCUGGAUUUGCUCACCAUCUGACGGAAACACGGCCACAACACAAGAGUUCAUCGGGGCUCAUUCGCUUUACGAAAAAGCCUUUCGUUAUUUAAUGUGUAGCUACUGCGGGGAUCGGCUACUGAUUGGACCGGGCUUCAAGCCCGUGCACAUCGAUACCGAAACUUUAAAUAUGGAAGCCGAGAUUUUCGACUUCAUUGGGGAUGAAGAACAUUGUCUCUACCUGCUAAAGACUUCGCGAGCUAAGGGCUUGGAGCGAGAGGGCGGCUUUUUUACAGGUAUAACGAUGGUGAACAUGUCCGAAUUGACCGGAAUGUUGCAACGAAUGUCUAACCGACUGCACGCAAUCAUCAAAUUCCAGAAGCCGCUGAUGAACGAUGACGGGCCCGCUCGACAAGGGAGCAUGAGUAUU